AAUAACACCACUCAGAAGCACCAAAAACUUUAGUGUCAUAACAAGUUCUAUAUAGCUAGCUCUAGUAACUUGCAUUUGUCUCAUACUGUAGUAACCAGCAAUAUGCCUUCUUAUGGUACCUCAGUUUUGGCUAACUUGUUUGGCAUCAUUUCCAUCAUCCUUUUGCUUGUUUGGUUGCUGCAUUAUCGCGAGGGGAUUGAAUAUGAUUCUGAUAAUCCACUUCGUGUUUUCAAUGUUCACCCUUUUUUAAUGUUCUUUGGGUUCAUUUUCCUUGUUGGUCAAGCAAUAAUGUCUUACCACACAGUACCAGGCACACAUGAAACACAGAAGAUUGUUCACAUGGCACUUCAUUUCAUUGCCAUAAUUCUUGGAAUUGUUGGUAUAUGUGCCGUUUUCAAGUUCCAUGAUAUGGUGAACUUGGUUGAUGUUUACAGCCUCCAUUCAUGGAUUGGCAUCGGCACCUUUUGCUUGGUUGGCUUGCAGUGGCUUUUUGGACUGGCGUUCAUGUUUCCUGGAUCAAGACAAUCAAGGAAUUCAUUGGCUCCAUGGCACAGAGCUGGUGGGAGAGCAUUACUCUACAUGGCAAUUUGUGCUGCCCUAACAGGCUUGAUGGAGAAGACUGCUUUGUUGAAAUUACAGCCACACCAAAGAGAAUUUCAUUUGAUCAAUUUCCUUGGUCUAUCAAUUCUCUUGUUUGGUGUUUUUGUGGAUAUAACAGUUGGUUUGGUCCAUGUUGCUUGAAGUGAAUUUCAUUCCUCAAAUCUUGUUAUACACGUCAAGAAUCUUCACAGAUUGGACUGCUUCAACAUUCUUUUUCAUAUGUAUACAAAUGUAUUUUUUAAAAUUGUGUGGAUUUUGUAAUUGUGUUGUUAAUUAACAUGAAAUGGUUUGUAUAA